UCCGCUUCCAAAAAACCCACGGACGCAUCCACCACCGCCUCCCCCUCUCCCCCCAACCCCCUCCUCAGCCUCCACUCGGAGAAUCGGCGACCUCCUUCUUCUCUGACGAUCGGCGACCUCCUCCGACGACGAUCGGAAUCCUCCUUCUUCUCCGACGCCGACGAUCUCUGUGAGGUAUCACUCCUCCUCCUCCUCCUCCUCCUCUAUCUUCUUCGGUUUGGUUUCUGCGCUCCACAAACGCGUGAUGACAAAAAAAGGGGUGAAAUGGUCAUUACACAGCCCCGCAUAACUAACGACAGGGGUACCCCCGUCGUUAGCUAAUCCGGCCACAGGUGGAUUUGUAGUCCGAAGUCCCCAAAUCAGGGGACAAAUCGGGGUGGGUUUUUUCGUUCCCAAAGACCGGAGAAGAGAAGAGACUUUAUCUCCAGCCGCAUCACAAAUCCGGGGCCAUAUCCACCAGCCAAACAGGCUGUUAGAGAGUUGUACAAUUCAUAGUUAUGUGUUGAAGAUCCAUCAAUUGUACAUACAAGUGCCUCGUAUGUUGGAUGCACCCAAGGAGCACUAAAACCAAACAGAGUCGAGAAUGCUAGCACUGAGGACUCGCUUCAUCGCUCUCUCACCCUCCUCCUCUCCUCCUCUCAAAACCCCCUUAUUCUCCCUCUCCUUCCGUAUCUCUAUCUCUCACUCCACCCCCCAAAACCCUAACCCUCGUUCCUCCUGCCAUGCUGCCUCCGCCACAAAGACCUCGAAGCCGCUUUUCGAUGCCGCAAAAGCCCUCCGAACCUUCCUCUUCGUGCCGCCCGGCGUCGAACCGGAGGAAGUCACCGACGAGAUGAUCCUCCCCGGUUCAAACAUCGUAGUCGGACCCUACGCAGGCGAUUCGAAAAUUAAGGAGGUGGAGUUUGUGAAGAGCAGCAGUAGAGCCAAGGAUUGUCCUAGGGAUACCCGGCCCGAAUUCGCAAUGCUUGGCCGCUCCAAUGUCGGAAAGUCUUCGCUAAUCAACGCUCUUUGUCGGAAGAAGGAAGUUGCACUUACUUCGAAAAAGCCAGGGAAGACGCAGCUGAUUAAUCAUUUCUUAGUGAACAAAGGUUGGUACAUCGUUGAUUUGCCUGGCUAUGGAUUUGCUAAUGCCCCAGAAGCUGCUCGAAUGGAUUGGUCCGCAUUCACAAAAGGCUACUUUUUGAAUAGAGAAACUCUAGUUGCUGUUCUACUUCUGAUUGAUGCUAGUGUACCACCUCAAAAGAUUGACCUCGAUUGUGCUAAUUGGCUUGGACGGAAUAAUACGCCAAUUACGUUUGUUUUCACAAAAUGCGACAAGAUGAAAGGGGGUAAAGGGAAAAGACCUGAUGAAAACAUCAGAGAUUUUCAAGAGGCGAUGAGACAAAAUUACCCAGAACAUCCUCCUUGGAUCAUGACCAGUAGCUCCACUGGUUUGGGCAGAGAUGAGCUGCUUUUGCACAUGUCACAGCUGCGGAACUAUUGGGACGUCUAGGAUCAAACAUUUGCAGUACAUUUUCUCCUAGAAAUGGCGAAUCCCAAAACCUUGUGAUGUUGAUGACAUGUUUGUUAGUCGAUGAAAAUAUGCCGAGCAUUGUCGAAGCAUGUCCUCAGGAAUGGAUCAAAUGUGACCAGCUUAAAAUUGUCGUCAUUUCAGUUUUGGGAUGUAAAUUCCUCUGUAUAUACCGGGUUAGUCUGUGUUAUACAUCUCGUAAAAGCAUUACCUCCGUCUAUGCCGGCAUAGAAUUUGAGUUGUAAUAUUUUUUAUGUGGAUUUUUCCAUCAA